GUUGUUUUCUUUCGUUCCAUCGAAUCUGAAACAUACACAACUUCCGGUUAUCGUAUAUCAUAAAUAACGACUAUUCGCUUUUGUUUUUUAAUUAACAUCAUAGUUCUGGAAGGAAUGUAUACCAAAAUAAUACCGAAAAGAUUUUAGGAUAAUAUUUUCAGGGUAUUUUAUACAGACGAAGCUUUUCGAGAAUUAAAAUUAUGUCUCUACGACGACCCCGCAAGAAGACUACACGUAAAUGGCUGAGUGUUCAAGGAAAUAAAAAACGGGAGCUUCAUCCAUCGUUUGGUAAUCAUAGGUUAUGCGAUCAUAUUUAUGCGACGAGAUCGAAGAGUCAACGAAAUACAAUCACAGUACCAGACUCGAAUGAAUCAUUGGUUAUUUCGAAACAAUCAUCGGAUAGCAGUAUUAUUUAUUUGGGAACGUUUCGAAACGUUCCCGAAUUAAUAAAUUUAGAAGACAGCAAUGACGAUUAUCGGGAGCAAGUAGCAAAACCGGACGAAAUCCAAUCUCCAAGCUUCGUGACACAGUGCAACAAAAUUGAAAAUCCAACAGACUAAUCGUCCAUUUAAGAGGUAUUUUUGUUUUCAAGUAUUAUUAAUGGUAAAUAGGUGGCUGCUAGAAAUCUUCCCGAGGAGGAAUACACAUUCUCUAUCUCCGCUUUACCAGUUCGCAUAAUUUCAAGUUCUUUCCUAAACGCGUCGGUCAUAUAAGGCCUGCCUUCGAGAGCCAUC